GGCAAACCUGGAACUUCCCAGGAGCCAGGGCCCCCUGUAACCCCAGCCCCCGUUUCCCCCCUCGGGGUCUCUGCGGUCACCUGAGGGCUCCACGUGGUCACCAGAUGGGCACAUAGAGUUUGGGGAACUCUGGAGACAGCGCCCCAAUCCCAGGAGCAGACUCCGCUCCCCAGGGUUGGCUGGUGCCCUCCGCUGGCGCCUUGUCGGAACUGACCGUGGGGCCACUGAGUCACAAAGCGCGAGGCCUUAGGGAGGAGCCCUGGGGUGGGGUCCGCGAGAGUGACGCCCGCGGUCACUUCACAAGGCAGAAAUUGUUACCCAGGCGAUACAAGCUUCGGCGCCGGCGGGGUCCGUGGAGUGGGCGCAUGGGGGCGCGGGGGUGCAGGUGCGGAGCGCCAUGGGUUAGGCCCGAAAUCGGAGUCCGGCCGCCCCCCGACAGCAGCCGCCUCCUGCUCCCCGCGCGCCCCCGGGCGCCACCAUGUCGGGCGACAAACUCCUGAGCGAACUCGGCUAUAAACUGGGUCGCACGAUCGGUGAGGGCAGCUACUCCAAGGUGAAGGUGGCCACCUCCAAGAAGUACAAGGGUACGGUGGCCAUCAAGGUGGUGGACAGGCGGCGCGCGCCGGCAGACUUCGUCAACAAGUUCCUGCCGCGGGAGCUGUCCAUCCUGCGGGGCGUACGACACCCGCACAUCGUGCACGUCUUCGAGUUCAUCGAGGUGUGCAACGGGAAGCUGUACAUCGUCAUGGAGGCGGCAGCAACCGAUCUGCUGCAAGCGGUGCAGCGCAACGGUCGCAUCCCCGGGGCGCAGGCGCGCGACCUCUUCGCGCAGAUCGCGGGUGCUGUGCGCUACCUGCACGAUCACCACCUGGUGCACCGCGACCUCAAGUGCGAGAACGUGCUGCUGAGUCCCGACGAGCGCCGCGUCAAGCUCACCGACUUCAGCUUCGGCCGGCAGGCGCACGGUUACCCGGACCUGAGCACCACCUACUGUGGUUCGGCCGCCUACGCGUCUCCCGAGGUGCUGCUGGGCAUCCCUUACGACCCCAAAAAGUACGACGUGUGGAGUAUGGGCGUCGUACUCUACGUCAUGGUCACCGGGUGCAUGCCUUUUGACGACUCGGACAUCGCCGGCCUGCCCCGGCGCCAAAAGCGCGGCGUGCUCUACCCGGAGGGCCUCGAGCUGUCAGAGCGCUGCAAGGCGCUGAUCGCCGAGCUGCUCCAGUUCAGCCCCUCCGCCAGGCCCUCGGCGGGUCACGUCGUGCGCCACAGCUGGCUGCGCUCGGGGGACUCCGGCUAGGAGCCGGGGUUCCAGGGCCGCACCGAGCUGGCGGGCCCGCGCGCGGGCAGAAGCGGGGCGCCGCCUGGGACAGGCAGCAACGCCCUCGCUAUGCCUCAGCGCGCCACUGAGCACACACGCGCACCUUUCCCCUUCCCCCACCCCAGCCCGUGACUCCUAGUUCCUUCUCCCUGACCCCGAGAGCGAGCCGAAAGCGCGAGUGCAUCCUCGAUUCCCCGGGCAAAGGCGCCCCGAGGGACAGGAGAGGAGGAGCCGGGAGCGUUGGCCUGUGAGGAAUGGGCGGUGACUAUGCGACCGCCCGCGGUGGUGGCUGCGUGAAGUGGCGGCCACUCAGAGGCCGCCCUCCCGAGCCAGCAGCUGGCGCCAGGUUUCCUGUUGGAGCCUGCAAUAAACUCGCUCUUCCUCGCA